GCCAUCGCAAUUCAUCUGAGCGAUCAGUUUCCUGCCGAUCGUUUGAUCGAGAAGAAGGUUUUCCUUUCGGCUAAGCAGCGCCUCUUGUUGGCUGUUUUAUAGUGAAGGUGAUCAGUUCUUUGAGAGUUGUACGAAAAUUUGUAGAAACAAACUUUAAAGCGUGCGAGUUUUCUUCAAAGUGAAAUCAGUUUAAUUGUGCGAUUACACGAUGUCGUCCUUGGAGGCGAAGAUGUUACUGCUUGCGGUGUGCGUAGGAAGUUGUACGCUGGUAAUUGGAAGAAGCCCGGCUUCGCGUGUUUCCAGCAGAUUGGAGGAGUUGGCCAGUAGCAAAAAUUUGAUCGAUGCAGUCAUGUACGGAGAGGAAACUGUAGAAAAAUCAAAACGUAUGGAAAGCUCGAUAGCCAAUUCGAGGGUUAAAAUGGUCAAAGGGAGCGUGUCAUACGCACAACUUAUAGAUGGUUACCCGACUCCGAACGCCCAGAAACAAGAUUAUGUUGCUAAAACAAUUCUUCAGGCGACUUCUUAUUUCGUGAACCGUUUCUGUAAACCUCAAGGCAUUUCUUCCUAUGAGUGUGGAAUGUUUUUGGCUGGCAGAGAGUUGCCACCUGGUAAACUUCUAGGAAAGUGUAGGAACAUCGUAGGAUUCAAAUCGUUUGACGAUGAGUAUAGAAGAUUACUACCAGCAAGUUAUAGUGAUGGGCUUUAUGAGUUUAGGAAAAGCGUUACUGGAUCAGAUCUCUCUCAUCCAAGAAGUAUUUCGAGUAUGUUCCAUGAUUCUUUGUCCCGAUCUAGGCAAGAUAUCGAGCACAGCGUAGCUUUGGUGCAGUGGACUCAAUUCCUUGAACAUGACCUAUCCAAAACUACUGUUCAGAGUAUGCACGACGGAACUGACAUUGAGUGUUGCACCAGCGAUCACAAAACGGUAUCACCAAGGUACCGCCAUCCAUCUUGUAAGCCAUUAUCCGUAUCUGAAGAUGAUACCUAUUACAAGGACUACCUUGUAACCUGUCUGAACUACGUUCGCAGUGCCUUAUCCGUUGGCAGUAGCUGUAAAUUCGGUCCCGCCAAUCAGCUCAAUCAGGCUUCAAAUUUGCUGGAUCUUUCUCAACUUUACGGAAAUCACGAAUCAGAAACCAAACCCCUACGAACCAACCGUGGAGGAAAGCUUAAGUCACAAUCGUUCGAAUCAACUGAAUACCUAAUGGAAAACAUCGAUGGAAAGCUUUGUGCUACAAACUCUUCCCAAAACUCUAUUUGCUACAGCUCAGGUGAUUCUCGAGUCAAUGUGAAUCCUUACAUCACCUUACUCCACACACUUUUCUUGCGGUCUCAUAAUCGCAUCGCCAAGAGAUUAUCUCUUGUAAAUCCCCACUGGGACGAUGAUCGACUGUUCCAGAUGGCUCGUUCGGUCAAUAUAAAAAUUUAUCAAAACAUUAUCCGAGACUGGGCCAAAGCAGUUCUGGGCGACUCAAUCAAGCUCGAAACCGGAAUGAAACCGCACAAAGGCGAAUCCAGAGUCAGCAAUGAAUUUGCAACGGCAGCCAUACGAUUCUACAACACGAUGCUGCCUGGAGAAAUUACAAAUCUGGUUCCAACCGGUCGUUACUCGACUUUCCAGUUGAAGGAUCUGUUUUACAAACCUAAAGAUUUACGCAAGAAAGAAUACUUUUCCCAUCUGCUCAGUUCCGUGCUGCAGCAGAAUGCCAUGUCUCUGGACACAAGCUACGUUGACGAUGUGGCUCAGCUGCUGUUUAAAACGAAGAACAUCGGAACCGACGUUCUAGCCCUAGAUAUUCAGAGAGGGCGCGAUCAUGGCCUAAGUGGUUACACCAGUUAUUUCCAGCUCUGCACAGGUCGUUCCAUCAACAACUGGACCGAUUUAUCUUCUGUUAUCAACGCAGUUGAUCUUGAAACGUUGAAGAAAGCAUACGCUUCGGUCCAUGACAUUGACCUUAUCGUGGGGGCCAUUGCCGAAAAACCUGUCAACCAAGACGCCACGGUUGGACCCACCCUCAGUUGCAUCAUAAAAGAUCAAAUCGCUCAAUCACUCGACGCAACGGAACGCACCAACCAACACCACAAACUCCUUAAUAUCCUGCUAGCGGAUUACUCCGCCGCACGCUUCCUAUGCGAAACGGCUCAGCUAGAUCAAGUGCAACGCAACAUUUUCCGGCUACCUUCAGCGGUCGAUAACCCAACGGUCCGUUGCUCACAGUUCCCGCCACUGGAUCUCAGCGCCCUGCGAGAAAAACUCUGAAAACCAGCACCAAUCCGGCUGAGCCAAUAACACGCAUUUACUACUUAGCGAAACUAGUUGUAGGACCUAUCGUCUAUCGAUAUCGCCAAUGAGCAAAGAUGACAAAAACCUGUUCUGCGACGACGACGCCAUAAACGCCUGUCCCGUCAUAACAAAAAAUACCUAACUAGAAAGCGUACCAGUCAAGAUGUAAAUCUUCGCAUGCCUAUGUGUUAAGAAUUUUAAAACGCUUGUUAUUCUACACUGAAACGUGACGCGUAAGUGCUGCAAUAAGGAGAUGAAAACGUCGUGCCUUGUGGACACUGAAAAGACGAAGAGCCAUAAAAACUUAAUUUUAAGGAAAUAUUUUAAACAGUGAAAGUAUUUUUAGCUCUAAUUAAAAAAAAUAAAAACCACUGAAGAUUUCUGCAUCCAUUUCAAAUCGA